AUGGCUCCCUUUGAGAGAUCCCGGACGAUGCGCAUGCCGGCGUUCCAGCGGCAAAAGACUGUCCUGGCAUCACGACACAAACGCCGUAUCCACAGCAUCGUGCCAUGGAUCCAAAACCCGCUGCAAGGCGUCGACAAGAAGCAGCUCGUAUUCGCCCCACGCCACGAAGCCAGCACGCUCGAGCUGUUCUUCGACCUCUUCUUCGUCGCCAACCUCGCGACGUUCACGGCCUACCACUACAUCAACAACCAUUCCACGCUGUUCGCGUACAUCGGCUUCUUCGCUAUCAUCUGGGUCACCUGGUUCCACACGGUGCUGCACGAUGUGCGGUUCGAGAACGACAGCAUCUACAGCCGGGUGUGCAAAACCAUCAUGAUGGUGGUGUUUGUGGGCUUUGCCUUGGUCGGGUCCGGGUUUGCGCCGGGCACACCGCAAGGAAACAACAACAACUUCCGGAUCCUGUGCUACACGCUGGUGACGAGUCGGGUGCUGUUCAGCAUCCAGUACCUGGUGCUGGUGUUUUUUGUCGCGCGGGCCGGCCGGGCUGAUCUGUACAUCCCGCUGUCGCUUAACGUGCUCACCUAUGUGGUUGCGACCGCGGUGUAUGGUGGCCUGAUCGGGGCGUUCCCCGAUAGCAAGCCGGUGGAUGACAGCAACGGGAUUUAUAGCGUGUGGUGGGUUGUGAUGGCGCUCGAGACGAUCGCCACGAUUGCUGUGUCCUGUUCCUGGCGGAUGUUGAGUUUCAAAAGGACGCAUUUGGUGGAACGCAUGGGGCUGCUGACGCUGAUUGUCAUCGGCGAGGGCGCUAUCGGUGUGACCAAGACGGUUUCUCGGCUCAUGGGGAAGAGUGGUCUGGAUCCCGAGGGCUGCGGACUUACUUUGUGUAUUGUGCUGUUGUUGGUUGCAACGUGGACGAUUUACUUUGACAACCACCCGCAUGGGCAUUUCGGCACAAUCCGGCAGCAGAUCUGGUCCUGCCUACACUUCCCAAUUCACCUCGCCAUCGUGGGUCUGGCCGAGGGCGCUCAGCAGAUUGCCUUGGCCCGGUCCAUCGCGUCCAAGACACUCAAGCUUGAGUCGUCGGUGGUCAAGUACUGCCUCACCGAGCACCUGGAUGGAGAGAAGUUAGCUGAAAAGCUUAACGAGCUUAUUGAGCCAUUGCACUUGGACAAAAAGUCUGACAGUCUCUCUUUCGUGGGCACUAUCACCGACGACAUCGCACGCAUCGAAGAGACCUCGGGCAUCUGCCGGCCUGGCUUAACGGGCACUACAGCGAUGGACCUUCCCGAUGCGCUGCAGGACCUCAUCCGCCACCUUGUCGCGGCCAUGUACAGCGCCUUCGGCAUGAAGAUCCCGCUCCAGGAAGACGUCAUCCUCUCGAUGGUCGAGUCGUGGAAACUGAUCUACCGCUACUUCUGGGCCGCCUUCAUGAUUCUCAGCGCCUGCUUCCUCGUCGUCAUGAUCCUCAUCCGCACCACGAAACUCGACGCCUAUGACUACGUCACCUUUUUCGUCCGCGCCUUUGUCAUCAUCAUAGCCGGCGUGCUACUCUCGCUGUCCGCCACCAAAGACUUGAUGUACGGCAUCAUGGCCACCCCCGCGAUCCUCCCCUUCAGCGUCGCCCUGCUCUACAUCAUCAUCUUCAGCGACCGGGUCGGUGCCUGGUUCGCCAACCGCCGCAACAUCCGCUCUGGCGACCCCCUGAUCGGGGCGGACCCGGGCCACGGCCACGGCCACGACGACGACCACGACGACAGCGGCGAGCACGGGGCCGCCAACGACAAGCAAAGCCUCCUCGUCUCUGCCGAACCCCUCACCAGCUCCAGCCCCCCACACCACCACCCUCACCAGCACCACCAGCACCACGACAGCGCAUCCUCCCCACCUCCCGUCCCGCCCAUGCCAACCACCCACUACAACCCCCUCGCCACCUGGGGGGCCUCCAACACCAACCUCACCAACCCCAACGCACCCCCGCAAAACCCAGCCUCCAUCGUCCCCUCCCCACCAACCUACGCACCCGCCCGUUUCUACGACGCACCCCCGCCACCAGCCGCCUCACCACCAACCUUCAUCUCCCCGUCCAACUCCCCCCCACUCCCGGCUCAGCCCCAGGCACAACAGACAUACUACGCGCGGGAACAGCGCCAGCAGCAACGCCAGCAGCAGCAGCAGCACCAUGGGCGGUCUGCUUCGCAGGGGUCGCAGGGUGGUGGUGCUGGGUAUGGGGGGUAUGCGCAGGGGCAGGGACAGGAGUAUGUACCGUUGCAGGGGGAGGGGCAGUACGCGGGGCAUGGGUAUUAG